AUGGCAGGGCGGGCUCGCUUGCCUGUCUUGGGGGUUCGGCCCCGCAGCGCUGCUUUUCUUUCUGCUGCAUUUAAAGGCGCAGAGCUGCCUUCUCCCACAAAGAGCAGCACUGCAGCAGUGCUGCAGCAGCAGCUAGAUGCUGCUGUUGCUGCUGCUGCUGCUGCUGCCUCCUCAACUGCCACCGGAGCUGCGCCAGCAGCAGAAGGCGGCCGCCUUAGGGCGCUGCAGAGAGACCCACCCCUACUUGAGCAGCAGCAGCAGCAACAACAGGAGCAGCAGCAGCAACAGGAGGAGCAGCAGCCGCAGCAGCAGCAGCCGCAGCAGCCGCAGCAAGAGGAAGCGACCUCCUUCCACACGGAAGAAGACGAGGAGCAGCAGCAGCAGCAGCAGCAGCAGCUGGAGCAGCAGGAGCCGGCAGAGCGGCAGCAGCAGCAGCGGCAAAAGCACCGAGAGGCGAGUGACACAGCAGCAGCAGCAAGGAAGCCGAAGAAGAGCAGCAGCAGCAGCAGCAGCAGCAAGACUGCUGUUGCAGCAAAGAAAGCGCCUGAGAAGAAAGGCAGCAAAAAGAGCAGCAGCAGCAGCAGCGCUGCAGGAGGCCAAACGUUAGACAGCGCACUAGCCCCCAGCAGCAGCAGCAGCAGCAACAGCAGCAGCAGCAGCAGCAGCAAAAGUGGAAAAAGGAUUUCUGUUUUUGCUCCUUCCCGUUUGAGAGAAGAGGCGGAGGCGCAGAAGGACAAUGUGGCCCAAGGCGUAACCUGCGCUCGCCUAGAAACUGCGGGGCUGCGCAGCUCAGUGGGCCGUUUGCUGCUAAACCCUGGGGCUUCUUUUGGCCCGGCUCGGGCGGAGGCGGACAGGCUU